GUAUUUAUGGCCUUCAAAACGAUGAAAGUGGACCUUUGAAUGAUGGUCAAAUGCACGAUUUAACUUCAGCUGUAUAUAGAGCAUGUACCGAGGUGGGAUUCUUGUACCUAAAAAAUCAUGGUAUUGAUUUACAACAGGUAGAAAAAGUGCGAAGUGUAUCGAAAGCAUUCUUCCUACUCCCAGAGGAAACUAAGAAACGUUACGCUCGAGUAGACGGCAAUAACUUUGGUUAUAUUGCCAAAGAAGUUGAAAGACUUAAUCCGGAAAGAGAGGCUGGUGAUCUGAAGGAAGCAUUCAAUAUAUCUCCCAACAUUGCUAAGAAAUGGCCCGAAGAAGAGAUCCCUGGAUUCAAAGAUGAGGCAAUGACGUUAUUCAACCAGUGCAACAAGUUAUCAAUGAGGAUAUUGGAAGUUAUGGCCAUUGGAUUAAAAUUGGAUCGAGAUGCAUUCACAAAAUACCACACUCCAAAUAACAUAUGUGGCACUACGAUGAGAUCUCUUUACUACAAUCCUCUCCCAGAGGACUUCAUCCCCAAAGCGGACCAGGUGAGAUGCGGAGAGCACUCGGACUAUGGCUCAAUUACAUUGCUGUUCCAGGACGACGUCGGGGGACUCGAGGUUGCAGAUCGUUCUGGGCGAUAUAUGGCAGCGACACCUAUCGACGGUACAAUAGUUGUAAACAUAGGAGAUCUCAUGCAGCGUUGGACUUCUGAUACUUUUAUCUCAACUAAACAUCGGGUGCUAAUACCCAAAGAAGAGCUUCACAAAAAGGAAAAGAUGGCGCGUCAAUCAAUAGCCUUUUUCGUGCACCCCGAAGAAGACGCCAUGAUCUCGUGUAUAGAUGGCUCUGAGAAAUAUGAACAAAUCACCGCAGGAGAUUAUUUACAAAUGCGAUUCAAAGAUAGCUAUGGUGAUAAAAAUAAAAAAUCAAGGGUAACGUGGAAAUAAAACAAACGUUUGGAUGUCGACAGUUAUCACACGAGCAAUAUUUUCAGGCAUUUACAGUACCUUCCCAGAUAAUAUGAUCCAUAAAAUCACAAGAUUCAAUAAAAAAAAAACUGCAGAUUUAGCAGCUAAUUUCUGGUUAAUUUGUAAUGAUGUAUUUCUGUUUUGAAUAAAAAAAAUAUAAAAU